AUGGUCACCGCUCGUCAUCACUUGACCAUUCAAGAGAAAAACCAAGUGCGUGCGUAUCAUCGAGAGCGUCCAGAUUUGACCCAAGAACAGCUUCGUGAAUGGGUACAUGGUAAAUUUAACAAAUGGAUUGGGCGCUCUACUAUUGGUAAAAUUGCUAGUAUGCCCGAAGAAGUAUGUGCCAAUCCUUGUGCAAAGCGGAUUCAAAGUGGCCGCUAUCCAGACAUGGAAGCUGAAUUGUAUGAAUACAUUCUAGCCAAACAGAGUGAAGAUCAUGGCGAGAAGAUGGUACAGGAUGAAUUGCCUAUCCUUAGUGAAGGUUUAUUGUGGACAAAAGCCAAUGAGAUUCUUCUUCGUACUCGAGGGUCUAGUCAAUCCGUGUCGUUAGGAUGGGUACAGAGGUUUAAGAAACGUCAUGGACUUCAUCGAUCUCAAAGGCUUGUGGGAAAGCAAGUUGGGUUAAGAAAUACAGUUGAAGAGCAGAUCCUGAAAACCACGGCUUUGGAGAGCAAUCAUGUAUGUACGAAACGAAGUAGAGAUGAGGAUGAGCAUGGUGACAAAACUCAAGAGAAACUGACAAUGAUACCGUCAGGUGGGUCAAAAACCACUAACGAUACCGGUCGAACACUAAGUAGAAAGCAGUUUGUAUCAGCCGAUGAUAUUCUACUGUUGACUCAAGUUAAUGUCACAAAACCAUGGGCGUAUCCACACGUGAUGGACGGUUGGCAGGAAGUGUGUGACCAAUUGCGAGAACGCAGUGACUUUAACUUGGAAAAGGCGGCAGGUGCUUGUCAAGCACGUGUUGCAUUGUUGUUGGACCAUUUGUGUGCUGGAAAUGUUGCUGCAUUGCGCAAGUCUGGGACGUCGGAAGAGUAUGAACGAAAACGCGAAUUACUGAUUGAAUUGCAGGCCAAACAAACAGCUUUUGAAACAUUGCAGGAAAAUCUGCAGAAGACAAAAGGAGAACCAUUUCCAUCUUUGUUUGUAACACAGCACGAUGCCGCUGUUCCAAAGGUCGGCGAAGCUGCCGCACCUAUUGCCGUUGCCGAGGUGACAGGUGAGGCAAACCGGGAUGGGCAGCGCCGUCUGGAGAUGCUGGAAAUUAGAAUGGAACGCGAACUUGCCGAGCAGAGACGACAUGCAGACGAGCAGGUGCGUCGUCUUGAAAAACUGCAACGAGAGCAACUAGAAACCCAACAGAAGCAGCACGCACAGUUACUAGCUACCAUCCAGCAACAACAGGCAAUGAUGCUGGAUGUCAUCAAAUCCGUUACUGCCCAGUCCAGCAAGGACUAA